AUAGCUUUUUCAAGUGGUGGAUUUUCCACUUUUAAAAAUACCAGUACCUACCUAUAAAACAGCGUGCAGCUAAAUAGCUCGAAACAGUUCCAAAAGAUUACUGAAAGUAUUCAGAUUGUGAAACACGCUUGUAAUAAUUUCUGUCUCUUACUAACAAGAACUUUUACUACCACUAUUAGGACUAUGAAAUCAAUGAUGACAGUAAACGACAGAGUUCAACACCCAGACAGUAGUACUGAUUCCAGAAUAGCCAGCAGCCCCGACUUAAACACGGAAAAGGAAUUUUAUUCCUCCUCCAAUUAUUAUAUGAAAUUUCUCAUGUACAUAAUUCUCUGUUUAUUGAUACUAAAACUGUUAAAGAAGCAAGCGAUCAUACGGAGAAGUUUAUUUAUAAAAUUUAUAUUACUAGCCAUCGUUUAUUGUAUGACUGUCAGCUCGUCUACACAGUCUUAUCACUUAGACUUCAUCGUGUUGGCUAUAUCUAUCCUGGUCGUUCAUCGCAACACCCCUACGCAGAAAUUGCCGGUAAACAACAAAGCUGUUUUCAUCACCGGUUGUGAUCGAGGAUUUGGGCAUGCUUUAGCUAUCAAAUUAGAUCAGCUUGGAUUUAAAGUAUUUGCUGGUUGCCUUGAUAAAAGUGGUGAUGGUGCUGCAGAACUAAAGGAGAAGUGUUCAAAUUUAUUACACAUCCUCCAACUUGAUGUGUCAGACCAGAGUGAAAUCGACAGUGCUUUUAAGACAGUCACAGAUAACUUAGAAAAUUACAUUCUUUGGGGAUUGGUCAACAAUGCUGGAAUAUGUUAUAUUGGAAAUUCUGAGAUAAUUUCAACAACUGACUCACUUAAACUAAUGGAUGUCAACUUUCGAGGGCCAUUCCUGUUGUGCCGCAAAUUCUUACCUUUACUCCGCAGAAGUCAAGGUCGGAUUGUAAAUGUAUCAAGUAAUGCUGGUUUAGCUCCAGUAGCUUUGAUGGGUGCCUACUGUUGCUCAAAAUCUGCUCUCUUCAUGCUGUCAGAAGUUCUCCGUGCUGAGAACGAACGAUGGGGAGUGAAGGUGUCCACAAUUGUGCCCAGUGGUUAUAAGACAGGAAUAAUUGCGUAUGACAAAAUAAAGAUGGCUGAGAAAUGGUGGGCAGAAGCACCAACUCUUAUCAAAGAAGACUUUGGAGAGGAGGCAUUUGUUGCCAGACCAAAAGCAGGAGAUUCUGAUGAAAUGCUAUCAGCUGAUAUUUCACCUGUCAUUAAUGCUAUGAUUGAUGGACUUCUCUCACAAAAUCCUCAAUUUGUCUAUUACAAAGGAUUCCUUUCGCGUCUCAUUCCAUUUUGUUAUAUGCAUUUGCCAACCAUCCUUAGACAACCUGUGAUGCAUGUCUUGGCUGACUGGUUUGAAUUCCAACACAAGUGGUUACAAGAAGAAUAAAAAAUUGGAAAGAAAAUAGGUUUCUAAUACAUAAAUGUAUUUUUACAAGAAAAACCAUUUACAAACAAAGCAGUUUUCCUGAACUGAAAACGGUUGUGUAAGGGAUUCCUUCGAACUUAUUUGUAAUUGGCAUUUUUGUAAAACAUGUCUGUUCUGCUCCGUGACAUUAGAACAUUUUUUUGAUGAACAUCUUAUGUUUGUGGUCACAUGCUGAAGAAUUUUGAGGAAAUCUCAUCUAGGUUUUAAGAAGUGCUUUCCUAUAAUCCAAGAGUAGAUAUUUGUGUACAUUAUUCUUUUUUUUUAUCUUGCUCUGACAAGUAUUCUAUUUAUUUAUUUAUUUAUUUUUUUCUCAAAGUCAGAAAUAUACAUAUACACAUAUCUGCUGUAAUAGGGAUGGAAUUUUGACAUUUUUGGAGAUUUUUACACUGAUAAAGAAAAAUCAAAACACAUUUUAAUAAAUGUCCAAAAAUAUAACUUGUUGUCAUGCAGCCUUAUUUAGGCAGCUUUUAUUUAACAAAACAUUGUUGAAUAAAGAAUGUUAGAAUGUAUUAUUUUACCUUGUUUGGAAGAGAAGUAAUCGAAACUAUCUACAACAAGCCAUGUUUUAAGUUCAUCUGCCUAAUGGCAGUUGGACUGUUUAUUAAGUUUGAACAUUCGUUGAAGUAUACUGACAUGUAAAUUGAGUUACAUUUAGUCAUACAUACACACACACACACACACACACACACAUAUAUAUAUAUGCAUAUGUAUAUUUGUAUUUACUUAUAUUAUUUAUAUGCAUAUGUAUGUUGGCAUAUUAUAUAUUUUUAUAUAAAAAUUUAUUCCAUUA